AAUGGAUCCCAGCGGCUUCAAACUCGGUUUCUGGGAGAAUGGACCAAAACCUGGUCAGUUUUAUUCGUUUCCAGGGAACAGCAGUAGUACAAAUCCUGGAUGUGGACCCAUCAAACACACACUUAACCCUAUGGUGACGGGUACGUCAGUGUUGGGUGUAAAAUUCACCGGUGGCGUGAUCAUCGCUGCCGACAUGCUCGGUUCUUACGGCUCCCUGGCACGCUUCCGAAACAUCUCCCGUCUCAUGAAAGUCAACAACAACACGAUUCUGGGCGCCUCUGGAGACUACGCAGACUACCAGUACCUCAAACAGAUCAUAGAACAGAUGGUGAUCGAUGAGGAGCUUCUGGGGGACGGCCACAGUUACAGCCCUAAAGCCAUCCACUCCUGGCUCACCCGAGUCAUGUACAACCGCAGGAGCAAGAUGAACCCUCUGUGGAACACCGUGGUCAUUGGCGGAUUCUACAAGGGCGAAAGUUUCCUCGGCUAUGUCGAUAAGUUAGGAGUGGCAUAUGAGGCCCCUACAGUGGCCACAGGAUUUGGUGCCUACUUGGCUCAGCCUCUGAUGAGGGAGGUGAUAGAGAACAAAGUAGAGAUCACGAAGGCCGAGGCACGAGAACUGAUUGAGCGCUGCCUCAAAGUGCUGUACUACCGUGACGCUCGCUCCUACAACAGGCAUGAGAUCGCCAUAGUGACAGAAGAAGGUGUAGAGAUUAUCGGACCCCUGUCAUCUGAGACUAACUGGGAAAUUGCCCACCUGGUCAGUGGUUUUGAAUGAAGCCUUUGUCGUGUGACAGCUGGACGUUCAGCUACCCGUGUUAUUAGCCUCUAAAAUAUUACCCCUUUGUCAAGAUUUCUCUGCAACUGAUUUCCUUUUUUCAGCCUCUUUUGUAAAACAAGUAAUAAAAUCAGCUUGUAAAAUGUA